GCAUGAUGAAGUUUUGGGGCGACCAAACAAGAAAUUCUGUGUUAAUUUUGCGGCUAAUCCGCGUAACUAAACAUCCGAUCGGACGGCGUAGAAGCGAGAUUUCCAGUUGACAGUUAGGCAUAAAUUUUCCCUCCAAUAUCUGGAAACCCCAUGAACAGACACCCGAUCGGCCCAGCCCUCUUCUUCCCGUCAUCGCUUCAAUUCCAUGCUUCCAUCCAUGUGAAUCCAUCUCUCUGAAUCCCCAUUUUUCAAUCUCACACAUAAUUAAGUCUCAUUAAUGUCGAUCCGUUCUGAGCUGCGCCGUCCCCGCGUCGUUCCUGGAUCUUCCUUCACCGACGAUUCCAAACCCAAACCCAGACCCAGAAAGAAAGAAAAACAAAAGAAAAUUAAUUUGUUUCUCUUAAAAUGGGAGAAAGAGUUGCGAUUUUCAAGAAAUUCUUGCAUAUGGAUUGUUGGGUUGGCCAGCUGAACUGCAAAUGGGUUCUGAAGAACAAGUACAGAGGGGCUACCAUGAAGUGCGCCGCAAAGCACCUUUGUUUUACUCAGUACUACUAGUAUAUAAGUGUUUGUGUACUUGCCUCAGGGAUCAUCGUCGACAUACCACUUUGGUUGUUUCUCUAUCUCCUCUGGCCACCGAGGAGGCUGUUUCAUUGUCGACUUUUUCAAAUUGAUGGGCACAAAGGACAAGGUAAAAAUGACACGGGCCAUGCUGCUGCAAAUUUUUCUCGGGGCAUUGGCUUGCUUGUUUGUUUCUUGGGAGAAGGCUGAAGAUCCAUACAGAUAUUUUACAUGGGAGGUUACAUAUGGAACAGUUUUUCCUCUUGGCAGCAAACAGCGGGGCAUCCUUAUCAAUGGGCAGUUUCCUGGCCCCACGAUUGAUUCUAUCACAAAUGACAACGUAAUUGUUAAUGUCAUUAAUAAAAUGGAUGAGCCAUUCCUCAUCACAUGGAAUGGAAUUAAACAGAGAAAGUCCUCAUGGCAAGAUGGAGUGCUUGGGACUAAUUGCCCAAUCCCUCCAAACUCAAACUGGACAUACAAGAUGCAAAUGAAAGAUCAGAUUGGGACAUUCACUUAUUUCCCUUCGACUUUGAUGCAUAGAGCUGCUGGUGGUUAUGGGGGGUUCAAUAUUGCUGCAAGGUCAAUUAUACCAGUUCCAUAUCCCACACCGGCUGCGGAAUUCACUCUUCUUGUUAGCGAUUGGUGGAAAUCUGAUCACAAGACAUUACAACAAACACUGGACUCAGGGAAACCUUUUCCUUACCCUGAUGCUAUUCUUAUAAAUGGACUUCCUAAAUCUGCUUCUUUUAUUGGUCAGCCAGGGAAAACCUGUUUGUUUAGGGUGUCAAACGUGGGUUUAACAACUUCAAUCAACUUCAGAAUUCAGGGCCAUACUCUGAAACUGGUUGAAGUUGAAGGGUCCCAUACUCAGCAGGAACUAUAUGACUCAUUUGAUCUACAUGUUGGCCAAUCUGCAUCCUUUCUGGUGACCUUAGACGGGUCAACAAAGGACUAUUUUAUUGUUGCUUCAUCUCGUUUUACAAGAAGUGUUCUUACUGCCAUUGCAAUUAUUCGCUAUACCGGUUCUAAUAGCAAACCUUCUGGGCCAUUGCCCAUUGGUCCUACUUAUCACCUUCACUGGUCGAUGAAGCAAGCCCGGACUAUCAGAUGGAAUUUGACGGCAAAUGCAGCCAGGCCUAACCCCCAAGGAUCAUUUCAUUAUGGUUCUAUAGAGAUAGUCCGGACACUUGUGCUAGCAAACUCAGCAACCAAGAUAAAUGGAAAGCUCCGUUAUACUGUCAAUGGUGUCUCAUACGUUAACCCAAGCACUCCUCUGAAGCUUGCUGACUAUCUUAACAUCCAUGAAAUCUUUAACUUGAACACAAUCAAGGACACUCCUACCAAUGGCCCCACAGUUCUUGGCACCUCCGUCAUAGGCGUUACGCUUCACGACUUCGUGGAAAUUGUCUUCCAGAAUAAUGAGAACACCGUCCAGUCAUGGCAUCUUGAUGGUUCUGAUGUCUGGCCAGUCGGAUUUGGCUAUGGCCAGUGGAACUCAACCCUGCGAAGACGCUACAAUCUGGUGGAUGCAUGCAGCAGGGUGGUGGUGCAGGUGUAUCCUAAAGGGUGGACUGCAGUGUUGGCGUCUUUGGACAACAAGGGGAUGUGGAAUCUGAGGUCUGCAAUCUGGCCAAAUCAGUAUUUGGGACAGCAAUGUUAUGUUAGAGUGUGGAAUGCUGAACGCAGCCUCUUCACUGAGUAUGAUAUUCCUCGAAAUGCAUUGUUCUGUGGCAAGGUGCAUCCAUAGCUGCAUCGAUUCUUCCUUGUAAUAUUUUCUUUCUAUAAAUUCUCUUUGCCCUUUUCUUUUUGGUUCUUUUUCUGUUCCCCUUCAUCAAUCUGUGAUUCGGUCACAAAGGCGUGACUGUCCCUCCAAAGUAAAACGAAAAAAAAAAAAAAAUCAAUCGAUGUCUUUGUAGUCACAAUCUUAAUAAAGACUUCCCCUCUGUAUCUGAAUCUUUUAGUCUA